AUGGCGUUACAAAACCCCGAGACAACCCAAAAGUCGGAAACCGAAAACCACACGACGGAGAGCCCUGAUGACGAUGUCCUCACGUACCCCGAAGGAGGUCUUAGAGCUUGGGGCGUCGUCUUUGGAUCUUUCUGCAUCAUGCUCUCUGUUUUUGGCGUGAUUAAUACUGCGGCUGUUUUUGAGUCGUAUUUUAUGGAGAAUCAGCUUAAAGAUAAGGAGCCGUCGACUGUGGCAUGGAUCUUUUCGUUGUAUCUCUUCAACAUUUACUUCCUGGGCUUGUUGGCAGGUCCUAUAUUUGAUCAACACGGCCACCGACUGCUCAUCUUUGUGGGGAGUGUUUUGGUGGUUGUUAGUUUUAUGUUGUUGAGCUUAUGUUCAGAAUAUUAUCAGAUCAUCCUCUGCUUUUCCAUGCUCUUCGGAAUAGGGGCUUCUCUAAUGAACAUUCCCGCAUACGCGGUAAUAGGCCACUGGUUCGACAAACGCCGUGGCUUUGCAGUUGGCGUAGCAUCCACAGCGGGAGGUAUUGGCGGCAUCAUUUUCCCCCUGCUUUUUCAAGCUACCCUGCCAAGCAUUGGGUUUGCCUGGAGCAUGCGGAUGUUGGGCUUUAUUCUGCUCUUACUCGCCGUACCGUCGAAUCUUUUGAUCAGAACUCGGCUACCACCGAGCGAGCAGUUCAAGUCUGCGUGGCCUGAUUUUAGAUUGUUCAAAGACCUGAGGCUAUCUUUGUGCUGCGCAGGAAUAUUCUUUAUGGAGUAUGGGAUCAUGGUUCCUUUGACAUAUGUCGUGUCUUAUGCCACAGAACACGGACACGCAUCUACCAACAGCUACAUGCUCCCGGCGCUGCUCAAUGCCGGCAGUGUCGUUGGAAGAGUUGUUCCAGGAAUCAUCUCAGAUCGGAUCGGCAGAUUCAACGUCCUCAUUAUCACCGUCGGAGCAUGUAUCAUCUGCGUCCUUGCACUCUGGCUACCAGCGGGAGAUUCAAAACCCAUGCUCAUAGCCUUCACACUUCUCCUUGGUUUUGCAAGUGGCGGAAACGUCAGCUUGGUCCCUGUCUGCAUAGGCCAGCUCUGCGAUUCGAAAGAUUAUGGACGAUAUCUGUCAACUGCUCUACUGGCGGCGAGCUUUGGAACCUUGACGGGCAUUCCUAUAGGGGGUGCUCUCCUCGGGCUUGGCAACGGAGAUGGAUGGUUGGCUGUCAUCAUAUUUUCUGGUGUUUCGUAUACGGUGUCUUGGAGUUGUUAUCUUGCUGCUAGGAUUCUGGCCGUGGGAUGGACUCUGAAGGCCAUCUACUGA